AAAAAAGGUAGUGUAGGCGCCACACUUGUACGCUGAGUUCACCACUCAUACUGUUUGACCGCGAAAAAGAGUCUUCGCACUUCAUGCACCUGAUAAAUCUUAUGAGUGAACAGAAAUUUUUCCCUUUCUUUCAUGUUUUGGGGAGUAGUUGGCGCGUUUAGUUUCUAUGCAUAUCCGUACCUGUACCUGCAUGCCUGAAUAUUGCUAAAUUUGCUGCUUGCCAUGGACGAGCUGGGCAAAGCUCAACCAACCGAAGCGUAUAACAACAUGGACCAAGCGCCACCGGGAGUUGCUGAUCAGAGUUCUUUCCAGGACGCGAUGCAGAGGACGAAUAUCGAGACCCCUAUGCAACAGACUGGAAAUGGAUUCGACGCUGCAGAUAAUAUAAAGCGGCCUUUUGAGGAAAUCCCUGGCACCGCGGAUAGCACAGGGACUCCGAAGAGGUCUAUGAUGGAAGGGAUGCCUGGUGGCGCGCCUUUCGAUGUUGCACAGGCACAAGGCCAAGCAGUUCAGAAAGCUGCAGAAUUUCUAAGUGGCCAGACCAUUGCAGGUGCCUCGGCUCAGUCUGUCCAGGAGGAGGUGUUGAAAGUGCCGAACCGAAUGGUUGGUAUUAUUAUCGGCCGAGGUGGUGAGACUAUCAACCGUUUGCAGUCUGAGAGUGGCGCUCGAAUUCAAUGUGCGCCUCCAGAUACAACUCACCAUACUAUGGAACGUGCCAUUACUCUAACUGGUACUAAGGAAGCUAUUGCUAGUGGCAGAAUGAUGAUUCAGUCGCUUGUUGAUCAAGGACUGCCAUCGGAGCCUAGUGCCUCCAACGCAGGUAUUAUUCAUGUCAACAGUGGAUUUAGUGGAGCUGGUAGCAACAUUCUUCCUGCAGGUGCUCCAGAAGUUGGAUCCGAAACCAUGGAAAUGAUGAUUCACCAAUCUAAAGUUGGUCUUGUCAUUGGAAAGGGUGGUGAGACCAUCAAGCGCCUUCAGCAGCAGGCAGGUUGCAGGAUGCAAAUGAUCCAAGACGGACCAUAUACGAAUGCGUAUGAAAAACCUCUUCGCAUUCAGGGCACUGCACAAGCGAUCACUGAAGGGCGUGAUUUGGUAAAUGAGUUAAUUCACCAGUCUGAUACUACUCCCGCCGGCCAGGAAACAUUAGAAGUUCCUGUCCCACGCGAGCUCGUUGGUAUGGUCAUUGGUCGCAGCGGAGAGCAAAUCCGCAAGAUCCAGAACGAGACCGGUGUGAGAAUUCAGUUCCAGCCAGAGCAGCCGGGGCGGCAAAUCCGCAACGCAAUCUUGGCAGGAACACCGGAGGGUUUGCCAAAGGCCAAGGUGAUGGUCGAAGAGAUCGUGGAGAGAGGCCGCAACAGCACGAAAAACAUCAGCCAACCUGGACCUUUCCCAGGAACUGGAGCGAUGGGCAAUUCUGUUGGUGGAAUGCGCAUGGGUGGUGGAGCUGGCGGUGCAUUCCUGGGGCCCAACCAAGUGGUGGAUAUGCCAGUGCCAGCCAGUCGCUGUGGUCUGAUCAUUGGACGACAUGGCGAAACUAUUCGGUCUCUGCAGCAGGAGAGCGGUGCCCAUAUUCAGCUCAACCGCAACGCAAUGUGUGGGCCCGAGGAGAAGAUCUUCACCAUCGGUGGCACGCCAGAAGAAAUCUCACGUGCCCAGCAGUUGAUUCGCAACAAGUGUGAAAUGGCAUCGAAUGUCAACAACCAUCAUGUCGGCCGCAACGAAUUUGGCCAGCCGAUGAUGGGUCAGAUGAGUGGCCAGGGCAUGUAUGGGCAGCAGCAACAACAGCAGCAGGGUCAAUGGGGAUACCAGAUGCAAAAUCAAGGCUUCAACCAACCAUCCGGAGGUGCUGGCGGCGUUGACGCUCAAGCCUGGGCAGCUUACUACCAGCAGUACUACAACCAGCCCAACAUGGGACCCGCUGCAGCAGCUGCAUCCACACAGCAAGCUGCAGUGGCAGUGGCCGCAGGCAAUGCCGGUGGUAACCCAGGAAGCAACGACAUGCAAGCGCAGUGGGCUGAAUACUACCGACAACUGGGCUACUUUCCCGGGCAGACCCAGCAGCCGUCCAGCAGCUGAGUCUCCACACUCCAUGUAUAAACGUCAUGCAUUAUGUCCUUGCGUCCAAUGAUAUGUCGUCGAUGAUCGAAUGAAUGUCAUAUGAAAUGCAUGUUGACCCGACAUGUACAACCUAUGACUUGAAAGAAGGUACGAUCCUGUACGUAUAAAUUGCACAUAUGCAUGUACGUUUAUAUAAAAAAAUCUUUGCUUUUCAUGCAAUCAAAGUUUCUCUUGUUGUGUUCAUGUGCCAUGUAUGUAUAUUGCGAUGUGUCCUGCUCCUGUAAUAUCACCAUGUUCUAUGUUGGUGCUUGCCCCGAUUUUCUUCCUUUCCUAUUCCCAAUUUGCUGUGCAUGUUGUGUGCUGAAGUCGAUACUUCAUCAUGCAGAGUAGGUGUGCCAUUGUCUCCUUCCUUCGCGGCUUCUUUUCUUUUUCGUUCUUUUCGCUUUGGUGUGAGAGGUGGAUGAUCCUCACCUCUCUGCUCCUCUUUGCAAUGUUUUAGUGUUCACACACACACAAACAGUAGUUGUGCCAUCAUAGAUUUUUCUCACUGAGCGUAGAGUUUUCUGAUACACCCAUAGUAGUGUGCAUGUUCAUGUGCUCUCAUGACACGGUAACGUUUUCUUUUGCAUUCCUUCGCCUAGCGUAGCUCAGGUCUUUGUUGUCUUUUCGCUGCUCUCAUAGCAUUGCUGGUCGUGGCAAGGAGUGGGUGAAUGCGCUGUUGUGUGCAAGUAUGUGUGUGCUUCUUUUUUCCCAUCCCAUCAAGAUAUUGUGCUUGUUUCGUGCUACCAGGCUUCCACCACCAACUUCUGGAUUGCAAUCAAUUCUGUAUUUCUGUUUUGUACUAUUUACAUCCCUCAGACAAGAAUCAUUGUGUAAUUAUGUCUUUGUUCUCUUCUGGCCUCCUCUCCACAUCCCUUUUUCUCUCUAGCACUUGUGCUCUCCACUAGUGAACUCUUUUUCCACUUUUGUUUCUGUACUAGGUGCUCUUUAGAGCGAAGCAAAUUUCACAUUUGCAGGUUUGUCUGUUUUACUUUGUAACCAUUGUGUGUCUGUACUCUUUCUGAUCCUUUCGUACAUCUGUCCUCGUUCAAUCUUAGUUCUGUGGCCCAAAGGGUCGCAACUGUCUUGCCUAAACCGGACGUUCAUACAAGCCAA